AUGAAACCAUAUGAAUGGAAAUGGCGGUAUGGCAUUUUGUUUUGUGACUGUGUGUUGGUGUUUGGCGUGUACUUCUGUGUCGACAUGCCUAGUUCUUUACAGGUCGACUUCCAGGGAGGCAAGGCUAUGAAAUGUCACAUGAACGAGACGUCGAUAUUAGGUGCGUGCUGCGACACGUGCCUCAACCUUGGACCCACGCGAUACAACCUCCUCCAUGCCUUUCUCUAUUGGACAUCGUCCAUCACGUCAUUGCUCUCUGGUUACGUCAUUGACAGAAUAGGAAACCGCGUUUCGGCCGUCCUUAUCAUCAUCCUGACGUCAUUAGGUUCAAUUUUAUUUGCCAUCGCUGGAUCCGACGGUUUUCGGCAUACCUCUUCCAUGUUCCCUGUAAUGCUCAUUGGCCGCAUGCUACUCGGAUUUGGCGACGGACCAAUGCGUAUCGUACAGGAUCGUGUGAUUGCCCACUGGUUCUCCGAGGACUCUGUUAUAGCUGUCAGUCUGGUUAUACUCACUAGACGAGCAGGCACAAUGCUUAACUUCUUGACAACGGCAAAUAUUGCCGUCAGUUUUGGGUUUUCUUGGUCUCUGUGGAUGGGGGCAUUGAUAUGUUCUAUGGGGAUAAUCGCUGGUGUGGUACUAGCCAUAUUGGAUUUCCAUGGAACAAGAAAACUGGAUGCUGAGUCUCAACAGAAAAUGGCUAGUCGACCUGUCAAGCUGUCAGACAUCACAAACUUACCGAAAACCUUCUGGAUACACGUCGCUAUGAUCGGGUUCCACUUUUGCACAUUCUUUUCCUUCGUCGCCAAUAUGUCCCAAUACAUCCAGUUGAGAUACGGAUACACGAAAGUGAUCGCAUCAUACAUCACAGGAGCUUCCUACUUGGGACCUGUGUUUUUGGCACCUUUUGUUGCGCUCCUGCUGAGAAAGAUUGACUGUAACGGUCUCAUGGCAAUGUCGGCGACGACAAUGAGCAUACCCGUGUACCUCCUGAUGGCAUACAGCCCCUCCAUACCGCCUUUCGUUCUCACAGUGUGUAUUGGCAUCGUCUACACAUUUGAUGUGAUAAUAAUGUGGCAGGUUACUAUUAACCUGCUGCCACCAGCUAUAUUCGGGACCGGGGCAGGCGUAGCUGUGUUCAUGAUGCGCUUUUCAAUAGGUCUGACUAACCUUUCCGUAGGCACCAUUGUUGAAAACAAAGAAAGCCUCAGUCACCAGGCACAAAUCCAUGCUUACCAGGAAGCUCUCUUACUGAUGACAUGUUUAUCUGUGAUGGCAGUCCUAUCUGGGGUACUACUGAACAUCAUUGACAUACGGCAGGGUACAGGCGUAAACAGGCGGUUCAUGAAAGAAAAGGUGAGAAGUCUAGAUACAACAGAACUCAUUUUGGAUGAUAAACUCAACAAAGGAUACGACACUGGAAGAAACUCCGUCUUAGCUAGGGAGGACAAAUGA